GCCGGUCAGCUCCGACAUAUUUGUGUAUUUGUGUAAAGUAGUUUAGUUAACUAUGGGGUUUUCGCAAGAAUCUUCUGAAUCAAACUCGAAUCAUGCGAUUGCAGGAGCUGUCAGCGGAUUUGUAACGCGAUUUUUAUGUCAGCCUUUAGACGUUAUUAAAAUUAGAUUUCAGUUGCAAGUUGAACCAAUUUCGAGACAUCAUGUUAGCAAAUAUAGAUCUGUGCCACAAGCAUUUUUUCUAAUUUAUAAAGAAGAAGGAAUUUCUGCUCUGUGGAAAGGUCAUGUACCUGCGCAAUUUCUUUCAAUUGUUUAUGGAAUGGCUCAGUUUUAUUCAUAUAAAGUGUUUAUGAAACUAUUACAAGAAAUACCAAAGAUUGAGAAAUGGAAUCACUCAAUGCAUUUUAUUGCUGGUGCUAGUGCUGGAAGUGUAGCAACAAUUGUUUCAUUUCCUUUUGACACUAUUAGAACUAGAUUAGUAGCUCAAUCAAAUAAUUGUCUAGUAUAUACUGGAAUGUUACAUUCCUGUAGUUUAAUUCUUCGGAAUGAAUCUCCAAAAGUCUUCUUUUCGGGACUAUUACCAACUCUAUUACAAAUUGCUCCACACAGUGGUUUACAAUUUGCUUUCUAUGAAUUUUUUAAAGAUGUUUAUAAAAGAUACACUUCUGAUGCUGAUACUACUUUCUCUAAUUCUAUGCUGUCUGGAAGUAGUGCUGGUCUAUUAGCAAAAACAAUUGUAUAUCCAUUUGAUCUUGUUAGAAAGAGAUUACAGAUACAAGGUUUUGAACACGGUCGUGAAGGAUUUGGUAAGUUUUUCCAAUGCAAUGGGCUACUAGAUUGCGUGAAAGUAACUGUUAAAGAGGAGGGAGUACAAGGUUUGUUUAAGGGCUUAGUGCCGAGUCAAAUAAAAGCUGCUGCUACUUCAGCUUUACAUUUUACUGUGUACGAACAAGUUUUAUUAUUAUUAAAACUACUGAGAUAAGAACAGACAAUUUAAUAUAAGA